CACUGUUGAAGUACCGCCGACACCACUGGAACCGCGAGUGUUUCGUUCUCCUUGGUGAACGAGACAAGAUGCCUAGAGAUAUUUGCUGAGCAUACAGGAAAUGUUAUGGUGUGCGUCCCGUGUCGGUCGGCGCUAGGCCGUCCGCCCGGUUCUUUAAAGUUGUGCCCUGACGCGGCUUUUGGUUUCCAGCCUGAUACGCUGCACCGAAUCAUGAGGACGGUGUUUUGGAAUUUAUGCGGCAUCUGAGAUAAUGAGAGGCUCCUAAAGUGACUCGUGUGUUCCGGGCUCCCAGCGAACUUAGGCGUUCCGUUGUCGUCGCUUGUUCGCAUGCGUGGGGUGAAGCAUGCUGAACUGAGUCCAUGCGGCUGUGAAAGACUGAAGAACAUAACUGGCUCCCGCAGUUUGAGAAGGAAGCACGUUAUUUUGUAUACUCGUGGCGGAGGGAGGGCUUUGCAGUCGCAAUAUCUGGAUUUAAACGCAAGUGAUGAGGUGGGACAGCUCGAAACUACGAGACAGACUCAACAGCAUUGUCAAUUGACUGAAGAUGGACCGUUUGGACCGUUUAUGUCACGAAAUAUGGCCGCCGUCGACGUAUUCUCUAGUUACACUCUAAAAAAGGAACGAGAUAUGAUGAAAACAAAGUUGAAUAGUCCCUUUCGGUAGUGAGUACCCCGCGAAAAAGACCUUGAGUCGCAGAUUAUCUAUUCGGCCUUGCGGGGAAGCCCACAAUUUCUGCAGCCGUACCGAAAAACGUCUGUCCUGAAAGAUACACCCUGACUUCCCACGGAAAUAUCACACUUGUGUAUGCAUGCUGGACUCAUGUCGAAAACCAGUGCCAGAUAGGUUUUGUAUCUAUUCUGGACGAAGUAGGCCAACUAUUAAGCAACAGAAGUGGCCUCACGCGAGGGAUCGUACAGUGAAACUACAUCACACACAAACAGAAUUUGAAUAUAAGAUCGGCAACAAAAACUCUAAUCUAAGCUCUUCUUCUUGCAUGUCAGAGAUGUACAAAUAUUCAUCAAAUCAGGCUUGGGGAAAUAAGUGGCGUCACGCAUUGCUGCGUUGUGCUGUCACACGCGGAAGGCGCAUAGGUGGGCUUUUGGCCGGAUUCGUCUGUGAAUACAAGUCCUCUCGGCUCUCAUACAAUCGAUUUUUCGUCACGAAAUGCGAAAAAAACAUUGCAUUUCUCAGUCGGCAUGAACAACUGAAUUUACCUUGUUGUGGCAACAGAGGGCACGCACUCGCUGCGUCGUUCCGGCUUUUUUUAGGUGCCGAUUUCCUUUUGAUGGCAGUGCGUGCUCUCCGCUGUCUGAAGCCUUUCUUGUAAAAGAAAUGGGCUCAAGAUGUCACAAGUAUCGAAUAAAAGACCCCCUGAAAGGCACUUUUAGAAGAAGGCUGUAGAUGUUGAGCGCUUUCCACAUGCUCGCCCGAAAGGAUAAGCAUUCCAUCCUCAUCUGCGUUUCCCUAUUCAUGGCCAAACGCCUUGUUUUUGUGUUCCGAGAGAGGGCUAAAUUUUUUAACGUUUCUUAUCCACGGGCAGAAGACUCAUCAACACACUCUUUUUUUCGUUGGUUGUCGACAGGCGAGGCAACUGCACAUGGGUGGUUGUGGCCCACAUGGGUUCUGUCUGUCGCCUCAGGAAAUUCGUAUCGAUUUCUUAUUAAUUUCUCCUCCUUUGCAAGGGCCCAUGUACCGGUUGAUGCUUUUUAUUUAGUCAAAGGUGCCUUCAACAAGCUCCCCCGAAAAGCGGAGAGGACAGCGCAUGUAAUGCAGUGAUUUCCCUUUCGCUGCUCCUCCCCAUCUUUCAUUUUCUUGCCCGGGAGGAGAAGCAUAAAAACGGCGGAAUCUGUGCGCUUUUCCUUUGGCUUUUUUACACGUGACUGAAUUCCCCAUGAAGUCAUCCAUCUAGGCCUGGACUGGUCUUGGAAACAAGGACACUGGCCUUACUUGCGAUCGAGACGGGUCAACGUUCCAUCAUUGCGCCCGUCCACAAACUUCCAUCAAAAAAUCAAACCCUGAAACCGUAUAUUUGGUUUCGAACAGAUUCACCGAUCCCUCUACGCGUGUCACGUAGAUUAAUAAAUUCUGCAUUACCGACUGUACGUGUCGAAAUAUCCAAUAGAAGUUGUGUUUGGUUGGUGGCGAUUGCCAGCGAAAGCCACGUCACAAACAUACAUGCACAUUCCCGAAACAUAUAUACUGCAGUUAAACUUCCCCUCACGUCCGAAAAUUUAUUCUCCGAUUACACGCGUAGAAUGUCUAUCCGGCCAGAAUUUCCCCUCGGAUAUGCGCGCAGCUAACGGUUGUCACUCAAGCUUGAAUCCAUAACGUCUCAGCGAACCCAACCGUCAGGUGAAAUUCAUGACCGGAGACCCAAGGUGUGGCAGUAUAAGACAUUUUCUAUAACAGGGACUUCCUGUGUCUCGUUACCGCAGUAUUUUGUGGAUAGACACCGUUCCCAUGAAAGCCAAUCUUCAAAUUGGUCGAACUCCCUGCUCUGAGGAAACAGGGGAACACAUCCGUGAGGGUCCGUACAAGGGCUGCGUUUGCUUACCUUCCUGAGAAACCGACAGAGCACCAGCGGAAACCCCGGCGUGCACAGACGUUUACAUGCGGCAAGUAUUCGAACUAUCCGGCAUCUGCAACUUCUGCUCGUGAGAUGCAGGAACCACGCGGGCGGCUUGUAAGGCACGCCGAUGCGUGCUCAAAUGUGAACGCGGGGUUUUCGCGUGGGGAAAUCUCAGCGUCCAUCCCGUUGCCGCGACAGCACGACGCAAAUGGAACGACGAUUAAGGACACGUUCUGUACCACCGGAAACACAUCCACUGCAUCUUCCAUGGAGAGAUUCACUGGAAAUCCCAAAGGCUGCCUAAGGCAGCUCUGUGCAGAAACAGGUGUGGUAACGACACGAUGUCGCUGCUGCGAGGAAGAUACCGGUAAAAAUAAAUGCUCGGCACCUUUGGUCUGCUACACACAUUCUCCUGCAGACGAGCCUACUGAAAACAACCGGAUCAGACAUUUCUCAAGUUGCCGGUCAUCUGCACCAUCUCUCUGUGGAACUUGUUCCCUUCUCUCAAUCUGUGGUUUGCUUCUUGAGACUCUGGGAGCUUCAGUUGCCUACGCGGCACUCACAGUUACGUGCAAAGCAAUGCGCCGCGAAAUCUUGUCUUCACCGCACUGGGCGACGGUGCUAGAACGCGAGGGUUUACUGGCGUGUCUACGCUUUGAACCACGUGGGAUUAUCAGUGAAAGAAGAUCCAAGGGGAAAGUGCGGAUUGCGCGGACCCCCGUGGCCGUUCUCAAGGCAGUAAGGACCGCAUCGCUAAGGACAACGGAAGGACAACUUCACCACACUGAUAAUAGACCGGAUUCUUUCUGCCGCUCCGUUGUUGAGACAAAGCCUGCGGAUGAUGGCUCCCGUCACGUGCACAAUGAGCAAAAGUCCCAGAGGCGGCGUACAGUGUCGGCCUUUGAAGGCGGAGGAUCAUCCGUUCAGCGGAUCCACUGUGUCACGUACUGCAAGAACCAGUCGUACUGAAAGCGGACACCCUGCUGUAUGUGCGACCUCUCAAUCUUCAGGAACUUGCCGCUUAGUGUCCUGUAUUCCGCAAUCUCCAAUAGCCCCUUCUUGUUAUGGUUCACCUUCUAUUGGUUCUUUCUCGAUUCCUUCUUUAGCGGCCUCCUGUCCUUGGUGUAGCCGCUCGCGAGACCCGGAACAAUCUCCUCUGUUUACACGCGUGGCUGUUCGAAGUGUCAACCUCGCGAGCGCAAAUGCAGAAGUUGACGAUGGUGUUCCAGCGUCGAUACUCCGAGAAGCAUCUCUUCUGCAAGAACUUCGCCUUCAGCUAAUUCAUGUGAGGCGCCGACAGGAUCGAGAGGAAUUGGAAAGAAAAAGGCAGCACGAGAUCACCCGAAGCGCCUACCGCUGUUCUUCGUCUAUAGCCCUUACCGCCGUGCCUCCCACGCUUCCUUCUACCUGCCCCGUCUGGCUUCCUUCCCGGUCUUCGCUUCCUCCGCGAGAGCGGCGACCCCGUUCGGAAUGGAACGUCGAUCACGACCAAGCCGAAUUUCCCUACGGGCCUCUUCACGACAAUUCGGGAGAUCCUGGGAUGGAAACUGCUGGACAAACGACGCAGCUUGGGGAUGUCUCCGCGUUGAUUCGACGACGUGCAAGAGAUGCCCAUGAAUCGAUGAACAUUGUUGAGUUUUUCGGCUGUCAAAUCGAGGGCAGUACGCUCUACAUGAUUACUGAUUUCUGUGAGAGCAACCUGCGGACAUUCUGGGAGAAGCUCUUACGCGGUCUCUCUCGUCUGCACAGCCACGGCAUUCUCCACCGCAACUUGAAGCCGGAAAAUAUCCUCAUUCGUCCUUGCACUGGAGGCAAAGAAGGCCCUGAGCCUGCGGCCACAGUUACUCGGGAAGGCAUGAGAUCAAGAUUUUCUUCGCGCACAGAUUGGCCAAUUUCCAAAACCUCAGAACCACUCACAGCGCCAGAGACAUCAUCUACACCCCGCCUAGUGCAGACGUUCAUCCGUGACGGAAACGGGGCCAAAGAACGGACGAUUCGCAAGAUCGCGAGACACAAGCGUGUUGCCGUUUCGGUUCCUUGUUCACCUGAGGAAAGAGAAGCAGCAAGUGGAGACGAGAUGGACGAGAUUCUUCCGAAUGUUGACGUUGAACUGAGUGACUUCGGAUUCAGCAGACUGCUGCAGGAAACAAGAGGCGCGUACACGCCCGAAAAUCCUAAAGACAGAGAGCGGUCGUAUCGCGAGAGCAGGCGCCUCUUUUAUCGCGCUCCAGAGCUCCUACUCAUGCGCGGCGACGGCACAGUCGAUUCUGCACCCAUGUAUUCUUUCGGAGUUGACAUUUGGUCUGUCGCAAUCAUCUUCAUGGAGCUCGCGCUUCUUCGACCCCCCUUUCGAGCAGACUCAGAGAUGAUCUAUCUGUUGCAAAUUUUCCGUCUCCUUGGCACCCCAGUGGACGCACGGACAUGGGCGGAAAUGUGCGGUUUGCCAGUUCCAGCUGAUCCUUCCGCAGAGCACCGGCCUUUUUCAAGACAAAACCCGUUUUUCCCUCGCUUGAGAGUCGAGCAUUUCCCCGUCACCCGAUCCCCGCCUCUCUACUCGGGGGUUUCUGACAUUCCACCGUCGUUCGUUGAGAGAGGUGGCCAUGAUUCUCAAGCAAAGCACCGGGCACAGACCCUCGCUGCACAGGCAGCAACCCAGACACGAGUAAAGCAGACGAAAAGACCGUCCGUUUCGACUUUGGCCCGUCCCGAAGUCUUCACCACGCGUGCCUCAGUGGCAAACGAAAGAUCGAGUUCCUCGUCUCUUGAUUCUUCUGCGUCCUCGAGCUUAGGUUUGCGCGACCGCGUUUCAGCUCCGUGCAAGACGACUCUACCCCAGCGAAAAAGUCAGAGUGCCGACGACGGGGAGGACACAGAAGAACCGCAGGAGAGGAAAAGACGAGCCAGGGAAAGAGACAGGAGAGAAGGCAGCCAAGAGGCAGAAGCGGAUCGGACGGGCUACUCAGUACAAAGGGAGUACGCGCGACAGAGUGACGAGGAAGAGACAAGAUACCGGAACGACGAAGGCGUCGACGGAGCAGUGCCCCACAGAGGGAGGGAGAGAAGACGCUCAGCGCCUACCUUUGCAAUUCAACGCAGAGAAGCAGAACGCAUUCGAAGGGACCCAGAUGCACCUGAAAUGGCAGUUUUCUCCUCCCCCGCGUACGCACAGCACAUGGCAAGGGCGCCGCGUCUGCCACCCCCCGAGGAAAGUUCUGACAGGCGCAUGUUGGCUGAGUCUCUGUUUUUUCCUAGUGAACAAACAGGACUCCAGGGCAGCAGCCUUCUCUCGCGAAGUUCAAGAGACCCACAGGAGGAAGUGACUCCAACAGAAGGCACUGAAUCUGUCGAGACCGCGGCGCUGCUGAAAGAAGCCGAAAUGUGGGUUCGAAUGCUCCCACUGUGGCCACCUGCGGACUGGGACAAAGUCAUCGAUUACUUCCACAGAGAGGAGGAAAAACGUGAAACCGAAGAAGACGAAGAGGAGCGCGAGAAAGAAGAAGCUUCUUAUUUUGCCGAAACGAGGCUUGCGACGAACUCCCAGAAGCCGUCGCGUCUCGCAGGCGCGGACCGAGUGGCAGGAAAACUGUGCGCGUCGGUGCCUUUGAAGGCAGCGAACUGCAGGCGCGCCGUCACUCGGUUGGCGGCCGAAGACCCCCAGAAGGGCAAGACGGCGAGUUCGAGCAUGCCGACGGAGACCGGAGCCAGAGAGCGCUACGCGGAAUGCACUCCCCAAAUCGAGGAGAGAGAGAAGGCGGACGCGAAAGAAGCUCCGAGGCUGGAGAGCAGGGCGACAGAAGGAACCGGGGCCGAGAGAGAGUCAGAUACACCCGAACAGCGAGAGGAAACACAGGGGGAAGGACUGAGGAACUCUCGAGGAUCGGAGGAAAAACACUCUGCGUCAGCAGGCGUCACCAGUGGAGAGAACGACGAAGACGCGAAUGGUGCAAAGUCACAAGGCGCCUCGCUACCAAGCGCCUUUCUUCUUCCGGCCUCAGACGCGCCGUCUGCCUCGCUUCUCCUUCGCCUCCAAACCCGCGCUGCGCCGGCGUCUGGCAUUGCCGUCGAGCUCUCGAUGCGGAGAGUCGCCGAGUCUGUGGCGGAAGGCCUCCUCGCGCAUCGCACGAAGGCGCAGAGAAGGCGGGAGGUCACGGAGAACCAAGCCGCUCGCGAGACAGUGUGGGCGAGAGACGUCGACGACGCAAGCGAGCGCGAGGAGGCCAGAACGCGCAUAGAAGACGCAGUGACGGAAGCUCUGGAGGCACUCCGUCAGACUUGUAUGGACCUCCUCUUCCGGUUCCGCAACGAGUUCGAACUUAAAGCGGCAACGACCCACUUGGCAGCUUCUCUGUUCCAUCGCUUCUUUUGCCAGGCUCUUCUUCCUUCUUUUCUUUUCGAACAACAGUCUUUGCCGCCGGAGACUGACCCUGUUGCCUCCCAGGUAUCUCCCCCCAAAUCUGUCUCUCUUUUCUCAGCUUCUUCGGCUGCUCUCGACAGUCCUCGUUCAGUCUCCGGCGCGACUUCUCCGUCGGCUUCUGGUGUCCUUUCCUGCCCCGUAAUGUCUCCAUCUUCCUUCUCUUCCUCUUUUUUGCCUUCUUCUUCUUCAUCUUCAUCUUCAUCAUCUUCUUCCUCCUCUUCGUCCUCCUCUUCUGCUUCGCCGUCUUCUUCCCUGUCACCUCGUCCAGGGUCUCUCGGCCUGGUGCCUCCUUCAGCUCGAGACGCCCCGGAGACGUUGCUACCUGCCGCUUCGUCUCGAGUCGGUGCGUUUUUCCUUGUUCCUCCUGGGGAGCAUCCGCUUUUCUGCGAGGUUCUCCGCUCCUGCGAAGAGCCUGGUUCCUCCUCAGAUGUCGCGCCCAGCCUCUGUGCCGCCCAGGAGGCGCCGUCACUCGCGGCGCCGCGUUUCCUGCUCUCCUGUCACGGAGUCCGUCGCAGUCUCCUCGCCGCCGCUGCAUGCGCGAAAAUUGCAGACGUUCACAACGAACGGUCUCUCGAAUACUACAAAACAACGAAUGCGCAAGACUACGCCACCAGAGUCGACGAAUGCUUCGCGACGGCCUCGAAAAAACCUUGUCUUUCUUGUCUCCUGAGUCGUCAGGAGAAGCGACGCGAAGAACACAGCACUCGCCGCAUGCAGGGAGAAAAAGAAGGAGAAGCAGAAGAAGGAGAAGCAGAAGAAGGAGAAGCAGAAGAAGGAGAAGCAGAAGGAAUUUCUGUUUCGUCUUCUUCUGGAUGUUCUGCCGCCUCCACACUCCCCCUUUCGUCUUUCUCUUCUCGUCGUUCUUCCGCUCGCGACGAGGCGGCACCUUGUUGUGCGUGGGCAACGCGACUCUCCGCUUCGAGCCUCGUUUCUCUGGAAAAAGAAAUUCUGCAGAAACUGUCUUUUCGCCUCUGUCGUCCUACAACCGUCUGGUGCGCCGCGCUGCUCUGGGAUGUGACUCAGCUGUCUGUACACUCGGCGCGGCAGCGAAGAGCGCUCAGCCGCGUCGCGCUCGCAGAGCCCCGAACCAGCGCAGCAAGGCCUCUGUCUAGGCGCCCUGUCACUGAUUCCUCUCCAGUGGAUUCUCCUUCGUAUAUGCUCCCUCAGAAGCGGCUUUGGUCGGGAAGAGACAGGACCGAGGAACGCAGCCGAAGAACCAGCCGGGAGCCUGUGCGUAGAAAUGGCAGAGAAAACGAGGAAGAAGAGACCACAGCUCGCCGCAGCCGAGAUGUGACUUUCGCGGCGGCGAGAGCGACGGCGCUGGAGGAAGGAGCCGUGCGGGGACGGCCUUCUUUGUCUCCCCAGAGGCGGAAGACGAGGAAGGCUGCAUCUCGCGCUCUCCCCAACAGCUCAUCUAAAGAAGCCGACCUUCGCGCGACAGCGACACAAUCGGCAGAGAAGAGAGGAAACCGAGGAAACGCUGCAGCAACUGUGGAGGAGAAACGAGGCGGUGGACAGCAAAGAGAAGACGGCAAGAGAGCCGCCAAGGUUCUGGAAGGAAGGUCGACCAACAGUCACGAUAAGCGCUCACGCAGAUCGACGUUCUGCGCCCUCAACCGGAGACUCGGCAGCCGCGAAGGAACGGCUUUGUCUGAGACUUUGUUCAGUGCCUCGAAUCCCUCCGAUGAUGGGAUCUAUUCGAGGAGCAGCUCGAGUUCUUGUUCGAAUUCCUCGUCUUCCUCUUCGUUUCCUUCUUCUUCUUUCCUCUGUGCUUCUUCCUUCUCCCCGGAGUCCGUCGCUUCUGUGCGUGCUGCCGCUCCUGUGGAUCGGGCGCCAGAAAGCCUCUUUGCUUCUCGUCGGUUUCCACCGCAUCCGAUGGACCUCUGUUGCUCUGCCGGCGUCUUCUCGCUGCCUCUCCCUUCGCCCCGGCGCCUAAAGCAGUGCCAACGCUUCUGUUCUCUCCUCGCAGAUCUGUCGCUCUACGACCUGCGUUUGGUCAGUGCGCCGCCUCUGCUGCUGGCCCAGCUUCUGCAUUUGCGGUCGCUCUUCACUUUUUUUCCUGAGCUUCUUUCUCCUCUCGCCUCCCUCGCAGAGCACGCAGGCCAGUCCGGAGCACCCGGCGCUCUGCGCGCGGCGUGGACGGCCUUGCGCGAAGGCGAGACCUCUGGAGAUCCCAACGAAUCACGAAGGCGGAUGCGGAGGGAGAGAGGUCGCGUUGCUCCCGCGAAAGAGCGAACUCAGUCGCAGGGAGGAAUGUUUCCGGGUGCCUUCGAUGCACCCGCGUCUCCUGCUGCCUCGUCUGCCUUCCCCGCUACCUUUUCAGCUGCUGCCUGUUCUUCUUCUGUUGCUUCUUCGGCCAUUUUGGCUUCUCUGGAGAGCGUCUGUGGGCCGCUGCUUUCUCCCGGCGUUCGACGGCAGCUGUGCGUCGGGCCGCGGCAUCCCUGGGAAGUUCUUCGACUCGCAGAAGCUGCUGGCGCGUUGGAGACGCAUACGCGAGCCUCGCAGGAGUUGCGCCGCGCGCCGCUGCUCUUCCCCGCGCAUGCAGCUGCAGCUGCGGGGCCGUCCGGCGCCCUCGCCUUCCUCCGCUUCGCCGCGCUGCUGCACGAGAGGCGCAUCCGUCAGCUCGAGGAACGGGAGGAGGACGACAGCCGACGCAGAGGCAGGAACGAAGGAGAAAAACGGAGGCGACCAGGAAACGCGCGCCGAGACAUCCGAAGCGAAGAAGGAGAAGAAGGCGAGGGACGAGAGGGAGAGGGGGAAGGAAACGAAACGCAGAGAGAGAGAGAGGGAGAAGGAGAAGAAGGAGAGGGAGAAAGAGAAGGAGAAGAAAGAGGAGAAAAGACGUAUGGUGAAGGGAGGAGGAAGGAUGUAGGGGAACCGGAGCCGCGGGAUCACAUCUCAGAGCCACAGCAGGAAGAGCAUCGAGAAACCGCGCUACGGCAUCACUUAGCGGGGCACUGUUCCUCGCGACUGGAAGAGCUGGAAGAGCAAGAGGGAGACGGCGCUGGCGAGGAAAAAAGAACGCAUCGUCAGAGAGGGUGGGUGACAGAAAGAGGAGACGCAUGCGCUGUCGCGCUGGAGGAGAAGGAACGCCGCGCGCCACUGAGAAGAAGCGAAGUCCGUCCAGAGUCGAGACGCGCAUCUGGCGCGACUGUGCAAGGCUCCACCACACAGCGGGGUGCUGACAAAGACGCAGAAGGACUUUCCAGCUUUGCUGAGACAUCCUUUGAACAAACGCGAGAUCAAAACAGAUUGGAAAAAAGGAGGCCAGGAAACGCCAGCCAAGGACAACUGGAGAGACAAGGAAGGCGAAAGCUGCGCAGACUGCCGCCAGCAGCCUUGGCUCUUCUCCUUCCAGACGACGAGAGUGUGGAUGCGCUGCUCAGGAUGACGAGCGAGUGAGGAGAUACAUUUGAUAACAAAGCGCAUGCCGAUCUGCUGAAACGACAAAUCAAAGACGGAGAGACUGGUCCACAUCCCUCGUCUCGGACAUAUACAGCAAAGCUCAACUGUUCUUUCUCCUUCCUGCCUGUUGCCGCCUUCUCUCUCUUUGAGUUUGCGUUUUCACCUAGUUUAUCAUUUUUCUUUGAAGUCCUCGUUCUCUGUCUCGCUCUUCGCUUUCUCCGCCUGUGUUCGUCUCUCCCCGUUGACUUUUUUUGUCGUUUCCUCUCCUCUCGCCGCCAGUCGGCUUCUUCUCUGCGGAGAGAACUGUGGGACCCAGAGAUCCAUGAAAAAGGAAGAGCGGUCUUCCACGCACAGUUUCCCUCCUAACUGGAAGCUUUGAGUCGCUUCGGAAAGACCGCGACUCGUGGAGACAUUUGAAGCGACCCGUCCGACUAAUGACUCGAAUCGCGACAUACUCUCUGGAGACGACAAUGAGAGCCAAAAACGAUUGACGCGCGAGAUUGAAUUUCAGCUUCUUGUUCAUUGGAAGCAGUCUCCACGGGUAACGAAGGCGCGGAACACCACGCUCCAGCGAGAAUCAACGCAGUGUACGUUGGCGCAAGAACGGCAAAGCAAGACGACCGUUUCCGCCUGCUGGGAGCUUCCAGUUCUUCCAAAAAGAGAGGUCGAACAGACGAAAUCUCAGCAGAAAUCCCCUCGAAAAAAGCGAGACGCAACGCCGCAAGAGGGACAGCACGAAACGGACAAAGAGAAAGAACAUGACAGAGAAAAACCAGAUAAACGUAGAUGUAUAUUGCCGGAGUCUUGAAUACAGACUUGUUUAGAAGAAACCGCUUUCCUUCUUUUCCAUAGGCACCUCAGUUUCGUCAAUCUCUCACGUCCCUGCU